CAGAAGGCCUCCUCAGACCUUAGCGAUAUGGGAGUCGAAAAUUGUCAACUUUUGUAAUCAUUCUGUGCGAGUGAGCAUCUAGGUUUCGAUCUAGAGAUCAACAUGGAGAGGAGUUUCUUGAAAGCAUGUUGAUGGAUGGAUGGCUUCUGAAGUUGGUUCGCAUAGGUGGUUCUGUUGAAGACUCUAUAGCAUCGUGGACGCUAACCAAGUUGUUGUAUUCAUCCAAUAAGCAGCUACAAGUUUCUGCAACUGACUUUUGGGAUAGUAUUCUUUCCCUAGAUGAGAAUGAUAAACUGCUGGUCAACCUUGGGUAUUUUCCUAGCUACUCUGUUCUAAAAUGUGCUAUACUUAGCUACGGGUAUCUUUUUGAGAAUACUGGCACUAAAGCUUCAACCUCUGAAAGUGCCACUGCAGAUAGCUCUGAUGCUGGUCCACCUCAUAACAUAAUUGCAUGGUUAAGAGUUGUGUCUGCUUGCUGCAAAAUCAGAAAAGUGUGUUCCAUCUUCUCGGCUUCUGAGGCAGAAGAACUUCUUAUUAUUGUCAUUUCCCUCCUUUUGGACCGUGGCCUUGAAGGGCUCCUGAUUAUUUUGGGAGACUGCCUGAAUUCACUUGUAUUAUACUUCGAUACAAGUGAGUGGGAAAGUAGUUGCGUGAUGGUAGCUGAGUCAAUCGCCAAGAGGAUAGUCGACUGCAUUCCUGGAACCAAUAAGCGCAGCAAAUUCCUGAGGGGUCAGCUGGCACUUCAGCUGCUGAAGAUUAACUUUGGCCUUAAGGUGGGGAGUGUUGAAAAGAUUUUGAAGCUAGUGACAUCCAUCAACGUGAAGGAGAAAGAAUGUGACUUUUUCAGGCUUUAUGUGUAUCUAGUAUUGAUGGACAACUUACUUUUCGCAUGUGAUGCAUUCAGAGAUAAGACUAAGAUUGUUGAUACUUGGCGUCAUUAUCUGCGCAACUGCUCCACGCAGAUUGCAUGCACAAACUGGGUAUUCUACGCUCCAAAGGUUAGAAACAAGGCUUCGUAUCUUCUGCAAGGUGCAGCAUUCAAAAAAACUGGUGGCGAUGGUAACAUUUCUGCUCAGUGAUUGAGGGGCACAGUAUCUAUUGCAGCGCUAUUCCGGUGACACAGACUGGGCAACAGCGAAAUGCUCAGACGGUUUUUGUAUAGUAGAGGCUUUGCUCUAUUAUGGGAGAUAGACUUGAUGCUUCAGCACAAAGUCGUUUCAUCGCCAGCUACCAUUAUGUAUGCUGAGCUUGCAGUGGUUGUUUAGGUUUAUGGCAGCUAGCUUUGAGUAUGGGGUGGCUUAAGCCAUGGGCCAUGGCACAUUGUCAGCAGCAAAAAUAGAGCAAGCCGGCCGCAAUCAGCGCCGAGCAGACACACCUGACCUGACGAUGCUGAUGCACCUGGUGGCUGGAUCUCCUCUCCAUGUUACUGGCCAGAUUCCAUGCAUUUGUUUUCGGACUUGCCUGCUGGUGUGCACAUGGCCUGGUCCCCAUGAUCUACUCUAUCAAUCAGAUUGUUCUGUUCUGUUCAUCACAAUGUAUCAAGAGCACCAAUGAAUGAAUCACAAGAGAGACAGCAGCACAGCUAGCUAAGCUAAGUACCCAUAGCCAUCCCCAUCUAUCCGCGUGGAAUUUGAAAGAAAAGAGGACGAGGAUCCAAUCUAAAUGUAAUUAUAUAUAUAGUAAGUAGUAACAAAACUGAUUCCAAGUAA